GACUGAGGGAAAGGCACCCGCGCUGCCGGAAGUGGGCGCGCGGUUCUCGCCACCCUGACCGUGGCGGGAGGGCUGAGGAGUCGCCAUGGAGCUACCUGACCCGGACGCCGCCGGCGAAGAUGCCAUGGACUCGUUCCUAGAAAAGUUCCAGAGCCAGCCUUACCGUGGCGGCUUCCACGAGGACCAGUGGGAGGAGGAAUUUGAAAAGGUCCCCCUAUUUAUGAAGAAAGCGCCAUCUGAAAUUGAUCCCAAUGAGAAUCCUGACUUGGCUUGCCUUCAGUCAAUUAUUUUUGAUGAAGAGCGAUCUCCAGAAGAACAGGCCAAGACCUAUAAGGAUGAGGGCAAUGAUUACUUUAAAGAAAAAGACUAUAAAAAAGCUGUGAUUUCGUACACUGAAGGAUUAAAGAAGAAAUGCACAGACCCUGAUUUGAAUGCUGUCCUUUAUACCAACCGGGCAGCAGCACAGUACUAUCUAGGCAAUUUUCGUUCUGCUCUCAAUGAUGUGACAGCUGCCAGAAAGCUAAAACCCUGCCACCUCAAAGCAAUAGUAAGAGGUGCCUUAUGCCAUCUGGAACUGAAAAACUUUGCUGAGGCUGUGAACUGGUGUGAUGAAGGGUUGCAGAUCGAUGCCAGAGAGAAGAAGCUUCUGGAAAUGAGGGCUAAAGCAGACAUGCUGAAGAGAACUGAGCAGAGGGAUAUCAGGAAAGCAAAGUUGAAAGAAAAGAAGGAGCAGAAUCAGAACGAGGCUUUACUCCAGGCCAUCAAGGCUAGGAACAUCAGGCUAGUCUCUGAAGCUGCUGGUCGGGAUGAAGAUUCAGACUCAGAAGGUCUAGGUGAACUUUUCCUGGAUGGGCUCAGCUCGGAGAACCCCUAUGGAGCCAGGCUGAAGGUAGACGAGCAGGGCAGGUUGAGCUGGCCCGUGCUCUUUCUGUACCCGGAGCACGCCCAGUCGGACUUCAUCGCUACUUUUCACGAGGACUCCAGGUUUAUUGAUCAUCUAAUGGUGAUGUUUGGUGAAACACCCUCUUGGGACUUAGAGCGGAAAUACUGCCCUGAUAAUUUAGAGGUCUACUUUGAGGAUGAAGACGGGACAGAACUCUACCGGGUGCCUCUCAAGAGCACCCUACUGCAGGUGCUGCAGCACCCCCGGUACUUUGUAAAAGCCCUGACACCAGCAUUUUUGGUCUGUGUAGGAUCCUCUGCUUUUUGUAGGAAUUACCUCCAGGGGAGAAAAGUGCACCAGGUGAAGUAACCAAGCCAGGCGGAGCCAGGGCCCCUGGAUCUCCUCCCUCAUUCGCCUCUGCCUGGAAUCCAGCACAUUUGAAUCAGCUGAGCCCUACACUUUAUUUCUGCCACCCUGGGGACAGUGGCGGGGGGAGAGCUGCUGACUUCCCUGAACUACAUUCUCUCUGGUCAAAGUGCCAAGCUCCAGCUGGUCUCCAGUCUAUUCUGUUGAUACACAACUCUGUACCUUGGUCAUGACAUCCUUGGACUCACUGUGAGCUGUGUUACCACCAGCCUCUAUCCCUGAAGGGACCAUCUUACAGUCACCACAGCAGCUGACCUGAGGAGGUCCUGGCCUGUGGACACAGACUCAGGAUCCAGUUGGCUGGACCUUUACGAUGUUAGAGGCCUCAGAGAAGCUACCCCUCAAACCACGCGUAUACACAAACCACACAAAUAAUUUUAAGGCAUUCAGGCUGAGGGACUCCAACCUCCAGGUUCUCGUGAGCCGAGAGGCUUGCUCUUUGGGGAUACUGUUCUUGGAGUGAGAUGAGGUCACGAAAGCUGGCUCCUGUUUUUGCACCUGUAAAGACCUACAAACCGGGAUCCUGCAAAACCCCUAGAAAGUUUACCAGUUUUCCUGAUCUGUGUGGUAGGGCAAACUGACAGACUUGGAUGGUGGACUCUUGAGUUCCUCUCCAGUUUUCACAUUUUAGGAUUUUGUGCCUUUUAAACAUCUUUUGGCAGUUGAGUCAUUGUCAUAGGUUGUAUUUUUGUGUGCAGCUGUUCGCUCCCUCUUUCCUAGAGGGUGUAGCCACGGGACUGCUUGCAGUAUCCGCCCCAUCCCACGGGGGAGGCAAAGGGACGGGGGUGGGCUCGUCCAGACGGGAGGCCGGAGAGCACUGCGUGGUGCGUUCAUGCUUCCCAGCUAGCGGCUGUUCCAUCAGCCUGGGUGCCAGAAUGGUAAGACAUGGAGCAGAGCUGAAGGAGCUGACUGCAGCCGUUGAUUGUAACGUGAAUGAGAAAUAAAUGAGAUUUGGGGGUUGUUACUGUAGCAAAGCUAAGUAAUACAUCAUUAAACUGAAAC